UUGAGAUCUCACGAUUUUCCUAGGAUUUAUGCCCCACUAUAUCUUCCUCAUUCCCUAAGUUACAGUCUUCAACUGACGUAUCGAGAUAGAAAACUGACAAACGUUCCUGUUAGUCUUCUCGUUGAAGGUGAUAUUAUCAAACUUCGACCUGGGCAAACAAUACAUUGUGAUUGUGUGCUAAUAACUGAAGAAAGUGACGACAAUUCUGUGAAAUAUAGCGUUGGAGAUACUUUCCUACCUCAUCUUGCAGGAAAUUUCACUAGUAGAAAUCCCUAUCCUUCGGUACAUCUAAUGGAUAGCUGCCAUUUAGCCAUUGUUACUUCUUCCCCAGCAGUAGAACAAAUUAAAAGUAUUUUCAAACAGAGGACGGCAAAUCGGAAAGCUCGAAUCAAAAACACAUCGUCAUUUGUCUUUCUCAAGGGUUCUGUGUUCUCUUCAGUAAUUGCCGCAAUGGUCUUCCUAUUUGCUGCGAUUAUCAUCUCUUCUGUUCGUGUAUCUGUUCAGAAUCGCUCAGUCGUGAAUGCCGACUCCACAUUAUGGAUUUUCUCUAUUAGCACAUUUAUUCUGAUAACAGCUAUUAGUCUUUUUGUUCCUCUCAUUUGGAUUCUUACGCUCGGACUGAGUGUUAGCCAUCUUAGUAGAUAUACUAAACUUCAUAGUCAUUGCAAAAGUGACCAACCUUCAGCUUUUAAAAAUUUCUUGAAAUCGGUGUUUAUCCAACCAGAAUCACAAACGGAACAAUUACUCUUACAUCUUGGUCGAAUCAGUAGAAUAUGCUUUGUUGACAAAAAAGGAAUCAUAAGUCUGCCUAUUCCAACCCCAGAAAAACUCUUUUUCUUUCGGGACCGACCAAAUCGUCACCAGAAAACCUCGCGAACGAGAUCAUUCGGUCUCGGUACCAACUUUCAAAGCAGCGAAUUCGUACCUCAUCACGUUCCCUCUUCAAAUUCAUUUAGUGCCUCAAGCGGAGCUCAAUCUGAAUCUCGAAACUUCCUUACCAGUGGCUCAAAUGGUGGAUCGUUAAUGAAACCACACAGUCGGAGAAAUUCCAUUCAAAAUAACUACUGCACACCAGAAGUCUUGAACAUUAAUGUCACUCUUGAUUGUAUUUACAAGCCACGUUUUGAAUCUCCUAGGUGGGGACGAUUUCUAGAGUGUCUCAAGCCAAUUGGACUGAACCUCCUGCUAAACAAUUGUCAGCCUCUUACCUAUGAACACUAUGCAUCUUUUGCUGAUCAUCUUACGCGAAUAACAGCAGCUGGUAGAAGCCGUCAUUCAACUAAUGAGGAUUCUCAAACAUAUGGGGAGACAGUCGCAGUGGUUAACAACCGUUGCCUCUGUGGUUUAGCUUAUCAAAUGGGUUUUCGAAGAUCGGCUCUUGAAAACUACUCUUUUGCUGCUAGUUUGGGCAUCUAUAAGGCGAUCGAGAAGAAUAGUAGUCGCAUUCGUUUGGAGAAAACAACUGGAGACGAUGGCGGAGAUGAUGAAAAUUCGUUAUACUUUAGAAGUCAAGCUGUAAGAAUCCAAGAGGCUUAUGCGUCUGUACCGAAAGAUAAUGCUAACGAGCCUCUGCCGGUACCGAAUUGCUUCUGUACAAUAUACCGUGAGGCUACUAGUUGUGGAUAUCAUGCAAUGUCCCGAGGCUCUGGUGAUCUGAUCACUGCUCUGAGUACUACCUUUUGGAAUGGUCGUGAAUUAUUGCCUAUCAUGGAUGAGGAACGAACGUGGAUGCUUGAUUUCUACAAUCUUAAUGUCUCAACGAGCUACUGUAUGGCCUUCUCCUAUAUGCCUCUCCUGCAAUCUAUUCCCCUGGUUCAGAAUACCCGACUGGAUUCUAAAUUGGCAAAUCAGAUACAUUUUCCUAUACUCAAACUUCCUGUGAACUUUGAGUUAAGAAGUCGAAUUGCAACACGACCUUCGUCUGCUAGCUCGAUGCAUCCCGGGGAUUCUUUGGACUCCGUUUUCCUCUAUCAGCGUCUCAAACGAAGACUGACUGGAAAAGAGCUUCCUUCUUGCGCGGCUAUGACAAAUAGUUUGGCUGCACCUUCAAGGAAGACCAGUAAUGUGGAGAAAAAAUCCAAACCACAUAGUGCUAUUGGGGAAUUACCUAGAGUGGCUUUCAGCUGUGGAUCGUUGCCUCGGCUAUCUUGUCAAACCAGCAGGUAA